UAGCUACAUUUUCAAGAAUACUUAUGCAAUAUUUUUCCAUAUAACAUCAGUUUAUAGUGACCACAUCUUUGUGUGAGUAAAUAAUAACAAUUUUUUUUGAGUGAACCAUUCCUCUGCAUUGUAACAAGAAUUUGUUUUGCAGUGAAGAAUGAGCAUUAAAUCUAAAAGCCAUGAGUGCAAACUGUUUGCAGAGCAGGAUAACAUUGGAUAAUCAGUUUUAAAAUUCUCUGGUUAGGAUGUAUUAUACAUGCCCAUUUAUUUAUUUAUUUUUUUAAUAAGUGUACAUGUGGAUUCACAGAUUUAGAUUUGGCAUGUGUUAAGAAAUAGAGGCUAAGACUAUGUCCACAUUAGCCUAAUCUGGAUAUAUUUGAAAACAGCGUUAAAAUGCUAAAAACACUUAAAUCCCCUUGCUGCGCAUGCACAAAAAAUGUAAGAAGCGUGGCCUUGCGUCAUUUCCAUGUAUGGUUGAAACGCAAUUCCGAGUAAACUUUCCGUCGCAUUUGAAGGGAUGCAGUGUGAAGGUUGUACAAAGAAACAUUUAUCUUUAACAACGUUAUCAAAGACCACGUUUACAUGCACUUAAGAAAUGGGUUAUUCCAGGGUUUUUGCAGAAAGUGGCUUUCUGAAACGUCACGUAAACGAGAACACCGAUUUCCUUACGCCAUUUAAGGAAUUAAGAGAAAGCGGUUUAACACACCUAGGUUUCUCCUGGAGAAAGCCGCUAAUGUGGACAUGUAAACGCAUGCGCGGCGGUUUAACAGGUUUUUGAAGAGUGCGCAUGUGCGUGGAAUUGACUGAAUAACAAACGUCAUAGGAUGGAGCCCAACAACAAAUCAACAAAACAUUGGGAGUACAGUGGGAAAAGCAUAUACACUGUAAACUAUACCCAUUUAUAAACACCACUGUAAAAUAUCGACAGUCCCUCAUGUUUGCAUAUAUGCGCUUGUACACUGAGGGAAUCCCUGAGUUUUAGGUCAAGGGAAACCCCACUACUGAAGCUCAACUCCGCUGCAGGUCUCCAUAGAAAGGAACACCAUCUCCAGCGGGCGAUCUCCGCCCAGCAGGUGUACGGAGAGAAAAAGGAUAACAUGGUGAUUCCCGUCCCAGAGGCCGAGAGCAACAUCGCCUACUAUGACUCGCUCUACCCUGGAGACUUCAAGAUGCCAAAGCAGCUCAUUCACAUACAGCCUUUUAGUCUGGACAUGGAACAGCCAGACUAUGAUCUGGACUCUGAGGAUGAGGUGUUUGUGAAUAAGUUGAAGAAGAAGCUGGAGGUGGGGGCCCUGCAGUUCGAGGUGAUGAUUGACAGAUUGGAGAAGGGCAGCGGACAGCAGGUUAUUAAAAAGAUUCAACACUCACAUUGUGAACCGCACAAAAAUCCUCAGGGAUUUCACUCCGUGCUGGCGACUUUACAGGAAGCAAAGCUUUUACUGAAGGAAGACGAUGAUCUGAUCAGGGAGGUGUUUGAAUACUGGAGCAGGAAAAGGAAACUUUAUAACAACGGAUCCCUAAUCCCGACUAUCAAACAGGAAAAGCGGGAUGGUUCCAGUACCAAUGACCCCUAUGUAGCCUUCAGACGCAGGACAGAGAAGAUGCAGACGAGAAAGAACCGCAAGAACGAUGAGGCAUCAUAUGAGAAGAUGCUCAAACUAAGAAGGGACCUGAGUCGAGCCGUCACCAUCCUGGAGAUGAUCAAGAAACGAGAGAAGAGCAAACGAGAACUGCUCCACCUCACGCUGGAGAUCGUCGAGAAGAGGAACACCGUGCCAGACUUUGGCUCAGAGGUGAUGGCAGAAGCACUAGCUAUGGCAAAACCUGUUUACAAGAUUCCCAUAAUGCCCUUCUCCAACAGCACUCAGUACCGCCACCAGGACCAAAUGGACUUCAAAGAUUACAAGACCAAGCCUGAAAAGACAGAGGUGGUCAGAACGAAAAGGAAGUACGAGAAGAAGCCCAAAAUCCCGCCUCUUUCUGCCCCAUUGCAUACAGGCCCCUCCCUGUUUAACCCCAAAGACCUCAACCAGUAUGACUUCCCCAGCUCCGACGACGAGCCCUUUUCACAGAUGCAUUCUGGCUCAUCAGAGGCGGAGGAAGAGAACGAGCCUGACGGAUCAUUUGCCUUCAGGAGGAAAGCAGGAUGCGUUUAUCACACUGCCCGUUUGGAUCAGAGCGGCAGUUGGCCUUGGUGUGGAGAAACGGAGGGCGGGUCAUGUGACCCGCGGUUCCGGUACUCCCUCACCACUCUUACCGUUCCACGCCGCUGUGUCGGGUUGGCACGGCGACGGGUGGGACGGGGCGGCAGAAUUCUCCUGGACCGAGCAUAUUCAGAGUUGGACGGUUUAUUCCAAAGUCUGGAUUCGGACCCGGAAUUCUCCUUUCCUGCUUCACCUAUUUAUUCGGAAACCACUUUCCAAACCAAUACCUCAACCCACACAUCAUCGUCUUCACAACCAUUAACUUCCUCUUCCUCACAUCCGGCGUAUUCAGACCUGAGACAGAUCCUACGAAACAUCAAAGCUUGCCGCUGGAGGCACUUUAAACCACGGACACUAACCAGCCAAUCAGGGGCAAGGGAUGUGCUGUUUCGGAGACAAACAUUUAGAGGGUUUGUCAGGGGCAGCGCGGGGCCGGGUGGCAGUACGCAGGGCAGAAUGGCAGGCAUGGGACCUCCUGCAGUAGCGUUCACAGCUGAACAGUAUCAGCAACAUCAAGAACAGCUGGCACUUAUGCAGAAACAACAGCUGGAGCAAAUGCAACAGCAGGCCAAUGACACGGCUGCCACUCAGUCUCUUGUGUCCGAGACGUUGGACUCGGUCAGCGCACAGUUUGCCGCCUCUGCACUGAUGACCUCUGACCAGCUUUUGACCCUAAAGAUCAAAGAGGAUGGCGUCGUAGGAAGUGGAGUCAAUGGAAUCAUCCAGGCUUCAGGAGUUUACAAGGGUCUGAGUAUUUCUGCCACUUCCUCUGCUUCUGUCCUUACUAGCCAACCUACUUCAGCCGCUGCCCCACCCACCUUCCUCUCCUCCACUAACAACACUAACACAAGCUCCACACACACUGUCCACAACCCUAUAGGUAACCACAGUAACAACACAGCCAACUCUCAGGUUCUGAUCGGCAACAACCUGCGUCUUAGCAUGACCACACCCUCUAUCGCCGGUCUGAAUGCCCGUCACCUGUCCAGAAGUCACAGCAACGUGCCACCCUCUGCCUUGAAGCUCGCCGCCGCCAGCAACUGUCAGCUUCCGAAAGUCAGCUCUGGGGAGAAUCACGAACAGGAAAAGCAGUCCCUCAACAGUAUAGCAGAGAACACAGUCGCCAUGGAGGUGACGUAGUGACCGUUGCCUGGGCGACGUUCUUUUUUCGCCCAGUCCAGUCUUCUGGUGCUGUGCACCAAUUGAGUUUGGGGAAACAAAAGGACAGCGGGUUUCCACGGCAACUGUCUGAACUCGACAGCAAAUUUCAUCUCUUGUCUUUAUUUUCACCCCUUUUUUCAUUUUGUUGCUCUUUUUUUAAUACACUUCAUGUUAAGAAAAGUGAUGUGUAAAUUAUGAAUAUGGCUAAUAUUCGAUGUACAUAAACUACAUGUUUGUAAAACCCCACCACCACCCUUGUAUAUAUGCUACUUGAAAACAAAACGUUUGAGUUGUGAUGUUUUGCACUUGGGGAAUCAAAAAAGAAGCGAAUGAGGGGGGGCGGGGGAAUUCGGAGUGUGAGCGUGAAACGUUAGGUCAGGUAAAAGUGAGUGUGUGAAUAGUCGUGCAUGGUAAGGAACCUGCUGUUCUACCUAUUUAUUGUGCUGUGUUUACAGUUUUUUUUUUUUUUGUUUUUUUUGUUUUUUUUUUCCCAUUUCUUUUUUAUUACGUACACUGUGCCCUAAGUUGUUUCCUGUGAUGUUGUUUAGGUAGCUGCCAAUUCCCUAUUUUCCCCCUCCGUUUUCAAGUUCGACUGUUUAACGCUGUGUGAAUCGGAUUGAACAUAAUGGUAUCAUGCAAGUUUUUUGAUUUUGUUUUUGUUUUUUCUGCUCCUCUUCUGGGAGGGAUAGGACAUCUGGGAUUGGACACCUUUUGGGUUUGGGGUUAGGGGGAGGGCAGAUUUAGGGGGCUGGUUAUAGGAAUCUUCCAUUUUUAUCAUCCCGAAAUGACAAACAGGGGAUGAAGUCUUCAUUUGGGAGCUUCCAAUGCUUCCAUGUCAACAAAGCACUAUUAUUUUCUAUUUACAUUUUUUUGUUGUUGUGAUUAUUGCUGCUUUUUGUAUAAAUUCAGUUCCUUUUUCAUACAAUGUAAAGUUCAGUUUGCCCCCAUUUUUAUUUCUUUGUGCAACAAAGACCAGAGUUAUUUUUGUAUCUUGUUUCCAGAUUCUAGUGUUUUUUUUUUUGUUUUUUUUCAGUUCUUGUGGUGAAGCGUCUUUUGCGCUUCGUUAAAGGAAGACUUCAUUCUUUGGUUGCUUGUUGCGAAACAUCACACGCGACGGCCGAUAAAUGUCCACCACAGCUGCAUCCGAGUCAUCAUUCAGGUUUAAUGACAUAUUCAAGACCAAGGAGGAGAAACGAGGUGGAUGCCUAACAAAUGUUGUCUCCUUGUGAUCUUUCUCUAAACUGACUCUGGACUACUUCAAGGCCUGAAAACCACAAGUUAAAGGUUGUGCCUUCCUUUAGGAAUGUCCUGCUCUGUCUCUUCCGUGAAGAGGAUGCUCUGGAUCAAGACCGCGGUAUUGCGGUACACACUUGUACUGAGCUCGGAUCUCUGAUGCCCGGCCCACUGGCUGAACUAAGUCCUCCAGGGGUUUUCUAGUCUGAUCUGGAGGGAGGCAAGAAAAAAAAAAAAUAUGGAAACUAUAAAAAAGGAAAAAAUAUUAUUGAAUAAGUAAUAAAAGAUAUGUGACAAUUCAAACAUGAAUCAGACAAUAAAGCCCAGGUUAUUAUAUGUGAA